GCGGCGGCGCCUGGGCUUUGUGGCCGCGGCGCGCGCGGCGGGGCCUGGCCGGCCGGGGGCGCGCCACCACCGCCGCCGCCGCCGCCCGGCGCUCCGGAGCCCGCGGCCCUCCCGGCCGCCCUGCCCGAGAGAGGAGCGGAGGCCGCCCGCGCUCGCGCCUCGCCGGCCCCUCCCCCGGUCGUCGCGGCCGCCGCGCCGCCGCUGCAGACACUUACUGAGCAUCUGCUGUGUGCUGAAGAUACAGAUAAAAUGUCAUUCCAAGCCUCAGGAGCUCACCCUCAGUUACGGGAGACCCUCGAGGAUGCCGAUAGGUCGCGGUGCAGAGUAACUCUCAGAGGGCCGCAGUAAGAGAAUAGCGAACGGCCAGGAGAAAUCUAGUGGAAAAUGCAAAACAACGAAAUCAUAAAACCUGCCAAAUACUUCUCCGAAUUGGAAAAGAGCAUCUUGCUGGCCUUGGUAGAAAAGUACAAAUAUGUGCUGGAGUGUAAGAAAAGCGAUGCGAGAACCAUCGCCCUCAAGCAACGCACCUGGCAGGCGCUGGCCCACGAGUACAACUCUCAGCCCAGCGUGUCCCUGCGGGAUUUCAAACAGCUGAAGAAGUGCUGGGAGAACAUCAAGGCUCGGACCAAAAAAAUUAUGGCCCACGAGAGGAGGGAGAAGGUGAAGCGCAGCGUGAGCCCACUGCUGGGCACGCACGUCCUGGGGAAGGAGAAGAUUGCCAGCAUGCUGCCUGAGCAGCUCUACUUCCUGCAGAGCCCUCCCGAGGAGGAGCCCGAGUACCGCCCUGAUGCUGCAGCCCAAGAAUCAUUUGCUGUUUCAAAUAGAGAACUGUGCGAUGAUGAGAAAGAGUUCAUACAUUUUCCAGUAUGUGAGGGGACCUCUCAACCUGAACCCUCGUGUUCAGCUGUCAGAAUAACAGCCAAUAAAAACUACAGGAGCAAAACCUCUCAGGAAGGUGCUUUAAAAAAGAUGCAUGAGGAAGAACACCAUCAACAAAUGUCCAUCUUACAGCUGCAACUGAUACAAAUGAAUGAGGUGCAUGUGGCCAAAAUCCAGCAGAUAGAGCGAGAGUGUGAGAUGGCAGAGGAGGAACACAGGAUAAAAAUGGAAGUUCUCAAUAAAAAGAAGAUGUAUUGGGAAAGAAAACUACAAACUUUUACCAAGGAAUGGCCUGUUUCCUCAUUUAACCGGCCCUUUCCCAAUUCACCCUGAGACUCUGGGGCUGGCUCCUUGGUUGUUAAUCUGUGUGGGCAAAGUCUGGAACAUGAACUUGUGGUCAGUAACCUGUAACACAGCUACAACUAGGAAAUUUAGAGUGGUAGUAGUGACUUAUUUAAGAAUACAUUCAGGUAAACAGCUGCACCCCAUGUAUCCCUUAAGUGGCAAAGAAGCUGUUAGUCUUUGAAAAUUAUCACUAUGAGUGCUAUAAUUCUGAAUGUAAUGUCUCUUAAUUAGAAUUCAUACAAGAACCAUGUGCGAGUGUUGUAUUUUUUUUAAGCAAAUGCAAGUGUGACUAUAAAGGAGUGUGGCUGUUUUUUUUCUUUUUUUUUUUUUUUUUAAGCAGACAACAGAACUUUUCUGUCCAAAUGAAUGUCCUCCCAUUGAAAGUGGCUGUCCUGGAGGCCGCGUGUUUCUCCUGUGGCGCUGGUGUUGCUGAGAACUUGCUGAGGCCUUUAGGGAAACCUCCACGAGCGCCGCAGCACCGUUUUUCACUUUUUCAGUGUCUCCGUCUGAGCGUGGAUGUUCUGUGUUCAAGCAGCCCAGCAUUUGGAAGGAUAUUUUCUAAUGUGGCUCAUAAACUGCCUAUGAAGGCCUGUCCCCAAAGAGGAGCUCCAAAUGAUGUCCCAGCAGUGGUUCGUUGUUGGAACCAAGGGUGUAACUACUUGGAGGGAGAAAUGUUCACUUAGAUUUCUACAUUCUCUGUUUGUUUUAUUAAAGAGAAAUAAUUGAAA